GCGGCCCCCUGAGCCCAGCUGUGUUAGGGUCAGGUGGCCCUGCAGACUGCGCCCCGCUAUAGGUGCUCCUGUCCAGGGUUUACGUGGAGCCUGGGCCAUGGUCCAGCCAGCUCCCAGCCCAGCCAUGGACGAGGUCACCUUCAAAAGCGACACCGUGCUGUCAGAUGUCCACCUCUACACCCCAAACCAGAGACACCUCAUGGUGCGCCUGAACGGCACGGGGCAGCCCGUUUUCCUGUCCCAUUUCAAGCUCCUGUGGAGCCAGGACUCGUUGGCCGACUCAGGGGUUGAGGGUGGAGACCACAGAGACACUCAAACAGACAACACUCCGCCCGCUGGGACAGGCCCCCCGGAGUCCCCUCCGGGGAGUGACCACAGUCACAAGGGUUUCUCCCUCCAGACCGGAGCUCACACCGCCGGCCAGGAUGGGUCAGGAGCCCAGCUGGACGAGGACGGGGACUUGGACGUGGUGAGAAGACCACGGGCUGCCUCUGAUCCCGACCCAGCCAGGCCUUCUAGAGACAAGGUACACCCCGUGAUUCUCAGACAGGAGGAAGACGACAUCAUAGGAGACGAAGCACAAGAGAGCAGCCUCUACAGUGUCAUCAGAAUAGAGCACACCAUGGCCACCCCCCUGGAAGACGUUGGCAAGCAGGUGUGGCGGGGCGCCCUGCUCCUGGUGGACUACAUCCUGUUCCGACAAGACCUCCUCCGGGGAUGCACCGUGCUGGAGCUCGGGGCGGGCACAGGGCUCGCCAGCAUCGUCACAGCCACCGUUGCCCGGACUGUGUACUGUACAGAUGUUGGUGCCGAUCUCUUGGCCAUGUGCCAGCGAAACAUCGCCCUCAAUAGCCACCUGACUGCUGCUGGAGGAGGAAUAGUCAAGGUCAGAGAACUGGACUGGCUGAAAGAUGACCUCUGCAUCGAUCCUGAGGUCCCCUUCAGUUGGUCAGAAGAGGAAGUCUCUGACUUGUUCAAUCACACCACUGUGCUUCUUGCAGCUGAAGUGUUUUAUGAUGACGAUUUAACUGAUGCCCUAUUUAAAACACUCUACCGACUCAGUCACAGACUGAAGAACGCCUGCACGGUCAUCUUGUCGGUGGAGAAGAGGCUGAACUUCACGCUGAGACACUUGGACGUGACGUGCGAAGCAUACGACCACUUCCGUGCCUCCCUGCACAUGCUGGAGAAGCUCGCCUCCAGCAAGGUGCGGUUCUCUGUGGAGCGAGUGGAAGCCACCUUUCCACAGCGCCUCGCCUAUGAGCGCAUCCAGCAGCUGGAGCUCUGGAAGAUCACUGCGGAACCAGUCACAUGAUGGGGCACGUCGACAGGCUUGGCGUCUCCCGGAGAAGUGGCUCUUCUCAACUGUUCUUGAAAUAUGUUUCCAAUAA